CAAGUGCACAACCACGGUCCACGGGAGCCGAAGGGAGCGGUUUGGCGCGCGCUGCGGCGACGGGCGCGGCGGCCCUCGCCUCCGCCUCCGCCUCCCCCUCCCCUCCCCCUAAGCCGAAUCUAACCACCUCCCGCCACCUUCGCGCGCGAAAUCCCCUCCACCUCCCCUUCGCGCCGCCGCCGUCGACCACCCAUCCCGACGAGAAUCCCGUCCAGGCAGCUCGGCCGACGACCCAGCUUCCCGCGCCGCCGCCAGAGACGCCGGCCGGCACGGGCGACCGAUGGGAUCCGGCGGGUAGCUAGGCCUCUCUUCCGGCUCUGGUUGCCGGAACCAGCGCCGCGGGCGUUGGUGUCAUCGUCGUCAUCAUCAUCCUCUUAUGCUGCCUUUUCCGGCGUCGUGACGAGGACGACCGGAGCGAGGCCGCGUGUCUGCGCCGCCGUUGUCUCGUCUAGCCAUCUCGGCUUCAUCUGGUUCUUGAUCCCCUCCCUGUUCCGACCGGACGAGGGCGGCUGGUGGCGAACUGGCGAGUGGCCGCCCGGCCUGCCAUUGUCCGGGAGGCGCUCCCGUCGCCAUGGGUGCGCGAUGGGGGCCUCGCCUCACAACCGUUGAGCUGUGUCAGCGCGACGCGCUCAAUCUGCUCUUCAUCUGCCUCGUGCUGCUCCAGGCGCAGGUGGGGCGCGGCGGCGCCACGCUCAACGGCGAAGGAAUGGCGUUGCUGGAGCUGAGGGAGAGGGUGGAGGCUGACCCCCAUGGAGCAUUCCGGGAUUGGAAUCCGACAGACGCCACGCCCUGCGGAUGGUCCGGUGUGCAAUGCUUUGACGGUAAAGUUGAGAUUUUGAACUUAACAGGCCGAGAACUGGUGGGAACUCUUGCACCUGAGAUCGGAGGUCUUCAACUCUUAAAAUCUCUUUUGCUUCCAAAGAACAAUUUUCGUGGACAAAUUCCCAAAGAAUUCAGAGGGUUAACUGCCCUUGAAGUACUGGAUUUGAGCAGCAACAACCUGGAUGGAACGAUUCCAGAAGAAUUAAGGGCAAUGCCACUGCUCAAGCAACUGUCGCUUCAUGACAACCAUAUCCAAGAUGGUAUCUCUUCUUUGAACACACAAGGUAUAGCUUAUGAGCAGGCAGGAUGCUUGAGUAGAAAAUUAGGUUGCUGGGUGGAGUUUAAGGAUUGGACUUCUUUCAGUGGCCUCCGAGAGAAAUAUUCCACCAACCUAGCAAGUAACUGCACAUUUGAAUGUCUUAGUGAGCCACACAUCAUUCAAAAUUUGCAGUCCUUUGCAAGUGCCAUGCGCCGCAGGCUGCUCAGUGAAGCUGGCAAUCUGCCUGCCCUCUCAGGGAACGAUGCUAAAUCUCCCGGCCCUGAAAAUUCAGAAGAAACCCAAAGGGCUAUUGAUGUUCUCUCUUUAGGGAGUGGAUCAUUCUCUGCAUUUCCAAAUUCAGACGGCGAAGUUCUGGAAUCAACUCUGAAUGCUGAUGCUGUCGCAGUGCAGUCUGUAGCAGCAAACCAAUCGACUGGUGAAGUGUCCAGUGCAAAGUACAGCAAGUGGUUAUAUUUUAUGAUACUUCCAGCUGCAAUAUUGCUUAUUAGCCUGAUUGUUGCACCAAUCUUGCUUUGUCGGAAGCAAGGGCGUGCGCCAAUAGGACCUUGGAAAACAGGACUAAGUGGCCCACUUCAGAAGGCACUUAUUACAGGUGUUCCAAAGCUAAACAGGCCUGAACUCGAAGCCGCUUGUGAGGAUUUCAGCAACAUAAUCAACACUUUCCCUAGCUGCACCGUGUUCAAAGGGACAUUAUCUAGCGGAGUUGAGAUCAGUGUUGUUUCUACUGCCGUUUCGUCAAUCAAAGAUUGGCCUAGGAGUUCAGAGACAUGCUUCAAAAAAAAGAUAGACACACUAUCAAGAGUAAACCACAAGAACUUCAUCAAUCUCCUAGGCUAUUGCCUGGAAAAUCAACCCUUCAUGAGAAUGAUGGUGUUUGAGUAUGCUCCAAAUGGCACUCUCUCUGAGCAUCUCCACCUAAAAGAAUUUGAACAUCUGGACUGGGCUGCAAGGAUGAGGAUCAUCAUGGGUGUGUCUUACUGCCUCCAAUACAUGCACCAUGAGCUCAACCCACCUGUUGCGAUAAACGACAUGCGCUCCGACACAAUCUUCAUGACAGAUGAUUAUGCUGCCAAGGUUGCUGAUGUUAGUGUCUGGAAAGAAGUCGCCACCAAAGCAAAGGCUGCAAAGGAGGAGAGCCGCAGCCGUUCUGAAUCUCCUCCUGAUCUCGCGAGCAACGUCUACUGCUUUGGCGCUCUUCUGAUAGAGAUCAUAUCUGGAAGGCUCCCUGAAGCAGACGAUCAAGAAUCCAUGUGCAACUGGGCUGCCGAGUAUCUGAAUGGCAAGAACUACAGCAAGCUGGUCGACGAGUCGCUCAAGGAUCACAACGCCAAGGAGCUCGAGGCCGUCUGCGAGGUGAUUCAGCAGUGCAUUGAUCCCGACUCGAAUCAGCGGCCAACGAUCAGAGAUGUCAUUCGCAAGCUGAGACCGGUUCUCAACAUCUCGCCGGAGGCGGCGACGCCGCGGCUCUCGCCUCUGUGGUGGGCUGAGCUCGAGAUACUCUCUGCAGAGGCAACAUAGUAGAUAUGAUCGGAUCGGUUGUGUAUAUUGUUGCUUGUGUACGAAUACUUGCACUCUUGCAGCCCCGUUUAUGUACAGGAUUCAUGCUCUUGAUCCUAUGAAAAAAAAAAUCACUAUAAACUCACUGACUGCUGUGAUCAUCCAUAGUUCCAUGCAGAAAAUGCUGUGUAACAGAUGUGUAACUAGUGGAUCUAAUGUACAUUGAUCUUUACACAAGAUGGGAAUGUGAAUUGUAUGAGAAUCUAUAAGUUUGAUAGUGUAAGAAUUAAGCAAG